AUGGAGUAUAACACCAACUCACUGCACAACCCUGCUCAAACAUCGGACGAUUCCUUGAACGCCCUUUACGAGGAGCCUGGAGCAUACGCCGUCAACGACGCCAAGCCCUGGACAGCCUCGGCCGGGACGCUCAUGAAGUCGUGGACGGACAUAGCAAGCGACCUCAAGGCCAACGGACGGUGCUAA